AACAUUUUGCAUUUUCCCCUUCAUGCAGGUUGUCUGGAUGUACUUUUCUACUUAAUAUUGUGGUAUGGUACCUUUUGGACCAUAGGUGUGGUAUACCUGCUGCCCAGUGCUGAUAUGUUUACAGAUGUGAUCUCUGAUGUUAUUGGCAUUCCCUCACAGCGGAUAAGAUCCAAGAAUCAUGUGGAUGGGGGCACUCUGACUGAUGGAAUAGAGUUACGGAGCUCUGAAGUGCAGUCAUACAGCACCUCUGAUGCUCAGGUGGAGGCUCUGGGCCUGACACAUGCAGUAGCUGAUAAAGAUGGUUCAGAGGCAAACAUCUUCAAGGUUUUGGCUUUUCUGGAGAAAGCUGCUCCUCGUAUGGAGAAGGAAUUGAAGCAGGCUACAUCUUCCCAUGCAUUUGAUGGUUAUGUGCUGCUGGAUGAUGUAGCAGAAAAAUCUCCCAAAGUGCUUCAUUCCCUGAACUCUGGGGAUAUCUCUGGAAUGAUGGUGACAGGACUAUCAUGGAAUCAUAUGGGAACUGUUCUGGGAGCUGUAUACAGUGCUGAAAGUCAUGAUAAUUGGUGUGAUCAUAUUGGCCACUUAGCUACUUGGGGCAUCACGAGAUCAAACUUUGAUGGUAAGAAGCCUACAAGACAGCAAACUGCUAAAUGCUGCAUAACAGGAAUUGCAUAUCAUCCACUGAACCCAGCUAUUGUUGCCACAUCAACCUACAAUGGUGAGAUUAUGAUAUGGGACUUCAACAAUGAAGAUGAGCCUCUUCUUGAAUCAUCGUUGGCAAUAAUGGGGACACAGAAGGAGCCAUUCACUUCUCUAAAAUGGAUUAGGAAUUUCCUUGAUGUUCGAUCACAAAAUCAGCUUCUGGUCUCCACUGGUCUUGAUGGCAGGAUCCUGUUGUGGGGUGUGAAUGUUACCACUGGUGGGCUGAAAGUUCUUAGAGGGUAUAUAGUGGAAAGUGAUGGUAUUACCAUACCAGGUCAUCUUGUCCAUCACCAGACAUAUGUUGGCAUUCUCUCCAUUGACUUCAAUCCUCAAGAUUCCAGUCAAUGUAUUGUUGGCUGUGAGGGAGGAGUGCUUGCAUUCUGUUCUCUUGUGUCUGAGAAACUUGCUGAAGGGUCAUUUGCUGAUGCAGGGUUACAGUUGAGAAACCCUGUGUGGCAAUUUCUUCAUCCUCAUGUUGGGAAUGUCACAGGUGUUUCUUGGUGCCCUUUCAGUUCUGAUCUGGUGGCAUCAUGUGGGAUUGAUGGAGACAUUCAAAUUUUCAAUCUCAAAGAGAGUGUGAAUCCAAUGGUAUCCAUCAUUGCAGGGGUACCCUGCAUGUCACUUGUUUGGUCUCCUGCAAGGCCUCUUGUUCUCUAUGUAGGGAAUGCAAAGAGUGAAGUUUUUGUGUUUGAUCUGAAACAGAGUCACUCAAACCCCACAAUGAUUCUCUCCACACCUGAGCUGUCAGGUAUUGUGAAUGCACUUGCCUUCAGUGCCCAUAGUAUGAAGUUACUUGCAGCUGGCUCUAGCAAGGGAAACUGUGUGAUAUGGAAGCUGACAGAAGAUCUCACUUCUCAGCAGGGGCAAGAGAUGGCUUUGCUCAAUGACUUGAUGAAGUCUUUAGAUCAGCAAAAAGGCACAGGAGCCUUGUAUUCCAUUUGGUAUCUAUACAGCUUGAAGUAUGACUAUGGCAAUCAACUCAAUUCAUCACAAUCAUUCAACUUUCAGCUAUACCUAGGUUAUGAGCUUGAGCAUGGAUUGGGCACUCAAAGUGGUUGCCUGAUCGCCCACUUGUUUCUGUGCAUGAAGACUGUCAUGGGGCUUUUUGGGAAGUCUGAGCAAAAGAGUCCAAAAGAUCAGGUGAGGGAGUGGUGCAGUCGACUUAGAAAAGAAGGGAUUCAGAGAGAGGAGGAUAAAGUGAAAAAGACCCUGAAGGAUGCUGCUAAAAAGGGUGACAAAGAUGUCUGUCUCAUUCUUGCAAAAGAAAUCAUUCAUUCUCGAAAGGCUAUUGGGCGGAUACAUAUAGCUCAAGCCAACCUCAAGAGUGUGGAGUAUCAAAUGCAAAAUCAACUAGCCACUCUGCGUAUUGCAGGGUCUUUGCAGAAAUCCACUGAUGUGAUGAAAGCCAUGCACACUCUUAUCAAAGUUCCAGAAGUAGCAGCAACAAUGCAAGACUUGUCAAAAGAGAUGAUGAGGGCUGGAAUAAUGGAAGAAAUGAUGGAUGACACCAUGGAGUCAGCCCUUGGGGAUACUGAUGAAAUGGAGGAAGAGGCACAGCAGGAGAUUGACAAGAUCUUGUGGGAAUUGACAGCUGGACAGCUGGGACAGGCACCAAAGGCUCCUAAGGAUCAGCUACCUGCUGCAGCAGAAAAAGAAGCUGAAGCUUCAGAUGAAGAGAAUGAAGAGGAACUUAGUGAAAUGAGGUCCCGGUUGGCAGCUCUCCGCAGCUAGUUGUGCCAAUGGCAAGCAGAUACCAUGGUGUGUGAUGAUUGAACCUGAUGACUGCACCUGGUUGAUGAUCUCUCCAUGCAAAGUUCCCUCUUGGCAUUCUGAAAAACUUUGGAUCAUGGAGAACCUUUUAUAUCUCCGGUGCUUUUAACAGUUAAAGAGAACCCUUUUUCCUGCCACUGGUUUAUUUCUGAGUUUUUUUAUGUGAUUAGUUUGUUGUCAAUUCAAUCAACCAAUUGUAGGAAUGACAUACCAUCCUAAGGAUCCAGGAUCUCCUGUGAAUAUGUCACAUUCACACCUGCAAAUUGCUAUAGAUUAUCAUUUAACAGUUCAGGAAGAGAUAAGAAAAAGCCACUUUCUGCAGUUGGGUAUGCUGCUAGGGUACACCGAGGCCUUACUCCUCAAAUGGAGAAACUCUGAGUCCAUGUCCGUGUCUUGUUCCCUUCAGAACAAUACAUUGCGCCAGGAUGAAAAUAAAUCCCAUUUGAAAGAGACACAGUAAAGAAGCAUCCUUUAGCUUAUGGCUUGUGGUGAGUUAGGCCUAUGAUAGCUGUGACAUCAUCCUGCUGGUUACAUUUGUCACCAAUCUCUACCUGCAGCAAAUAGCUGGAAAGUGUUUGAAACUUUGAAAUAUGCAUUUUUUUUUUUUAUAAACAUCAAAAAGGAAGUUGGCAAUCAGUGACCAUUAACAUUUGAAAAAAAAUGUAUGUCAUGAAGGCCACAGGAGAAGGAAAAGCAAAUGGAGAAAUCUUAGGCACUGUAGAAGUGCUUGUAGAGUAUAUCCAAUGAAAUACCUGUCAGUCUGUUGCACCUGAAUUCUUCCCUUUCUUUUAUCUCCUGUGAAACCUUCAUGCUUCAUUUUUUUGUAUAAAUUUUGUAGCCGUCAUUUAAAAAAAAACAACGUUCAGCUCAUUUUCUGGCUGGUGAAGUUCCUCAUAGGGAUGGGGAUUCAAGUAUUUGAGUUUGUUUGUUGUAAUCCUGGACUUAGCCCCUCAAGCUAGUGAUUUUACUUGGUGUACUGCUGUGGUCUAACCCACUAGGCUGCAAGUGCAUACUUGGGUAUGCCAGCUUGAGGGGUUAAUAGAGAGAAGAAAGGGGGAAAUUGUAAUACUUGAUUCCAGAUGGGACAUGGGAAUGUCUACCUCAAAAUUUUUUAGAUUCAUUAUCUGGUUAGGUAUCCCAAAAGCUAUAUCCCUAGAAAUAAGUGAUAGGUAGCAAUAUGCAAGUGUGCAUUGGCCAUAAGAUUCUGAUGCAUGAAUUCAUGGAUAUGAUUCAGAGAAUAUCACUUCGAAGUUUUAUUAUCAAGUUCCUUUCUUGACUGCAGUGGUAUGCAUUGGUCUAAAAAUGCUUAGCUUGCAUAGGAGGCCACACUAGAACAUUUUUCUCAUCCCCCAUUUGUGGAAGGAGAAAGAGUUACAACAUUUCGUAAAUUUCAGGUUACACUGUUGCAUAUUUUCUUGGUCUAUCAUCUUUUAUUUAUAAAGGGUGGCACAAGUUGCUUCUACUUCCCCUCAUUGAAGAUCCUACUGAGCCCAAUUGUUAUGAAGAAAGGCUGAGGUUGUUGGACAUAAGAACUAAAUAGUUCAAUGUGAUUUGUUCCUGAAAAUUUUGUCCUGCUCAUAUCCCCCCAACACAGUGAGCAAUGACUAAAAAUGCUGACUUUCAAUGUUGCUGCAUUUUGAUGGGAUCAUCUUUUCAUCUUAGGAAUGAAUCAUUUCAGGACAGUUCCCAUACAUUAAGGGGAGAACUAAUGAAGCCAGUAGAUCCAGGUCUUCUCAAGAUUACCCCAGGAAGCAUUACAAUUGAUAACUGCGAGAUUGCAAGGAUUGCAAGCUUUGCUUUGUUUAAGAAUUCUUUGAGUCUUGAACAUCCAGAGACAUAUUUUAUCUAUCUACAUGUCUGCCAUAUUGAAUAAUAAUUUAUUUAAUUAAUUGUGUGUAGUUAUUAACUCAUUGCUAAGUUUUGCUGGUUCAUCAAUAUCAAAUUUACCUAUACCAUCUCCAAGAUUGAUGCCAUGCAUGCCUCAAGAUGGUUGUUUGAAAAAAUGCAGCAUCCUGCUUCUACAUACUAAUAUUUGGAUGUUUCAAACAGUUGAUGCGGUGGUAACCAUUGGUGCUUUUUUAAAAUCCAAUUUUGCUCUUGCAUCUGGAGAAAGUCAUCCUCAUCCUGAUUAAAAAAAGGGUAAUAUAUAUUUCCUGAAGUACUCCCCAUUCUCUUCAUCUUGUCAGGCUAGUGGAGUCCCCUUGUUUAUAUGUUCAUGACAUUGAAACUACGAUGAACAGGGCAAACUGCAUUAUGUAGAAAGAACUUUCCAUUUGUGUGCAUUUUAUGAUAGGUCAAUGCAUUGACCAAUAGGAAAAAAUGGACUAUUCAUAACAGAAAAUUUGUUAGGGAAUGAGUAAAUUUUUCUGGAAGGUAGUUUUUCUUGUCAAAACUAAACUUUUCUUGCAGGUAAUCUUUCACUCCUGACCAAAUGAGAAUAUCGAAAUGUGCCAAGUGCUCAGUCUACCAUUCAUUAUAAAGCAUCUGGAGUGGAAGCCUGCCAGUACCUUCCUAUCCUAUGGGAUAAUUGCAUUCCAAAUCUACCAACAGCUACAAGAACAGUGGAACAAUUACACACAAUGACGCAUUGUAUUUCUCUAUUCCAGGCAUUCAUCCUGGUAGUUGACUGGAAUUUAGAAACUCUGCAGCAUUACUAAAUACUUUAUUUUGUGUCAGUGCCUUCUUUUUUUUUUUUCCUGAACUUCUGUUUGUUAUAAAGCCAGGAACUGAAUAGGUCAAGGUAUUAUUCAUGUUUUCAAAACAGGAAGCAUUUUCAACUGGUUCAAUUAAUGAUUGUGAUAGUAGUCAUCUAUCAGAAGUUGAUAUUAGUUCACAAGGAACUGUUCACCUACUCUUAAGUAAAAAGGUUUUUUAUUCAUUCAUUCAUUGUCAUCUUCUUUCCUUCGUGCCUUUACUUCCCAUGUCCUUAGUCAAAAAAGAAAAAAAUCCGAACCUGUAACUGAUGUUUGAAAUCUGUAUUUUUCCAAUGCGCUUUGUAUGAACUCCCACUUAACCCACCCAUCAUGACUUUUCAACUACUUUGUCAUGAUUUGAACCUUUUUUAUAUAUAUAAGUAAAGCAUGCCAUGGCAGCCCUUGAUGAUGGUAUGGAAUACAGUGAUGUGAUGAUCAUUUUUAAAAAAGUGUAGUUAACCUUCAAUAUACUGCCAUUCAAUAUAUCACCUCUCUUGCUUAUCGCCCACUCUUUCCUGAAAAAUCUCCCUCAUAAGCUUAUAAUAGGUUAUAGUGCCACUUAAACUUCACAUCCAUUUGGUCAAUUUGUCCUUCAGAGAUUUUUUAUUAGUAUACUUCAGUUCAUUCUAUAUAGGGUCACCUGUGCUAUAGCCCCAAAAUCAGCUAUGGCCAACAAUGAUGUUAUAUUGAGGGUUGACUGUACUGGAAAGUUAUUACUUUCAGCAAGACACCAUUGUGAAUGCAC